AUGUUAACAUCUCGCCUCACGGUUUUGACGAGACCUCAGUUGCAAUGCCUUCCUGCCAAGCAUCUGCGAUUUCAUAAUGUUGGAGCAUUCACUGUAUCCUGGCACUUUGUGGCUUUCUAUAAGUUUGCUGUGGCCAAACUAAGAAAGAAGGUAUAUGCAGAUUUCUACAGAAAUUAUGAUUCCAUGAAAGAUUUUGAGGAGAUGAAGAAGGCUGGUAUCUUUCAGAGUGCAAAGUAAUGUUGGAAUGUAAAGAAUUUCUUUGAGUUGAGUUCCAUGGAAGUUUGUCACUGACCUGUG